GAAUUCUAAAAGAAUUCGAAUUGCAAGUGAAUUAUUCCAUUUUUUUAGGUAACAUUAUGUUUUUUGUUUAUAGCGAUAUUUAUUUAUUCAUUAUUCAUUUAUUUAUUUUUCUCUUUAGCGCAUAUUCACACUUUUUAAUUAAUUUUUUUUGAGAGUACAACCUUUUUUUGUUUAUGACAUUUUUUACACAACCAUAUGUACGCGCAAUUAUUUUCUCGCCCAUGGUGAUAAAUGGACAUAUUAUUCUUUCAAUACAUUGGAUGCGCAGCUUUUUGCGUGUGCUUUAACAUUGUAUAAGGAAAAGACAUUUCGACCUCUGUUUUUCCCACUUUGCAAUUUUUUUGCGCUCACAUUUUUGUUUUAAUAAAUUCUCUGUAACAGUUUUGCACGAACGUUCUCCUAUUCACAAUUUUGCGUUCGUAAGUUUUUCAUUUUUUUUUGUAAUAUUCUCCAAGUAGUAAACACUUUUCAGACAAUUACAUAAAGAAAAAAAAAGGGAAGUUUUACUAAUAAUUUUUGUCAAAAAAAGGGCAGUUUUACUAAUAAUUUUUCUUAAAAAAAAGGACAAAUUAAUUUACUGUUUAAUUUUUGCAUAAAUCUUCAAAUAGUUUAAAUAAUAUAAACAAUGGCUCAUAGCGCAGGGUCCCCGUACUCCCUGUACUCAGGGGUAGACGUUAGCAAGCCAUUCAGUUCCCUUAAUGAGCCGCAUUAUGUGUCCGAACCUUACUACCCCCCAACCCCCAUAAUUAGUAACAUGUUUCACGGAAGCUUUCCGAGUUAUUACGUCGAUGAUGAUGAUGAUGUGGAAGAUUUUCUUAGGAAAGAAUCAAAAGUCGGUCAAGAGCCCAAACCAGAUGAAAAUAAAAAGGAGGAAGUAGACAACACGAAUAAAAUGCUGAAUUUAUUUCAAGUGGUUAUGAUCAUCGUUCUUUUGUUGCGAUUAGGCGUAAGUUUGAAAUAG